CGCUUCAAACAUGGUGGCCUUCAUGUGCUAACGUGAGAAGGAAGAAACAGAGCAAAGAGACCACCUGUGUCACUUUUUUAAACUAUUAAAUAUUAAACCUUUCCACCGAUAAAGAAGAAAAGCAAAAGGAGGAAGUGUUACAGACGGGUUACCUUUAUGCUAGUGCGGACAGUGCGGCUGCUCCCCCUCAUCACCUCCCAUCACCUCCAUCACUCCUGCGCUCCUUCUCCUGGACAGAUAUUAGGGCAGCGUGUCGUCUACUCUGCUGCUGCUGCUGCUGCCGCUGCCGCCAGCAGAGGACUGAGAUCCAUGGAGCCUCUAAAAGCUGCUCAGGACCUCCAGGUUCCCGCCACUAACUCUUCAUCCACAGCAGACGGUGCGAGCCUGACCCCCACCGACACACAAACCAAACAGGAAGACUCACCUCCUCCUGUGGGACUGUUACCCGGGGAGACGGUGGUUAAAGAGGGGAAGGCGGCCAUCUUGUUCCCCAGCGCUAACGAGGUGUUUUACAACCCGGUGCAGGAGUUUAACAGAGAUUUAACAUGUGCAGUGAUCACGGAGUUUGCCAGAGAUCUGCUGGCUCAGCGCGGGGUGAAGGUGGUGGUGCCAGGAGAGAAAGAGCGAGUGGUGGUCUCUCUGUCGGAGGACACCAACGAGGCCGACGCACAGACGGAGGAGAAAAACGGAGCGGAGGAGCCAGCUGUGACUGCAGUAGUUGGGGAGAGAUGUGAGCGUGGCCUCCGUGUGCUGGAGGGUCUGGCUGCGUCUGGUCUGCGCUCGGUGCGUUUCGCUCUGGAGGUUCCGGGUCUGCAGAGCGUCACCGCCAACGACUUUUCCGUCAAAGCUGCGGCUCUGAUCGCCAGAAACGCCGAAUACAACAAAGUCAACCACCUGCUGAAGUCGAGCUGCAGGGACGCCAGCAUGCUGAUGUACGAGAUGCGAGGGAAGAAGGAGCGCUAUGAUGUCAUCGAUCUGGAUCCCUACGGCAGCCCCGCCGGCUUUCUGGAUGCCGCUGUGCAGGCCGUCAGUGAGGGAGGGCAUAUGUAACCACGGAGACAGAUGCUGUUACUCCCACGACCUGAAGCAGACGACCGAAGAGAAAAUGGAGUGAAUGUACCGUCUCUUAUUUUUAUUUCUAGAGUUUGAAUUCAGGCCCUGUAAUGUAAUUUAGUGAUGAAAAGUUAAGAAGUGUUAAUAUACAGAACAUAUCCGUUAUUCAGCUUCAUACUAAAGCUGUGUUUUUGUUUUAGCUUCUUUUUUUCCUUUUUCUUUUUUUAAAAAUGUGACUGUUCAAGUCCAAUAAAGUCCUACAUCUGACUUUAAA